AUUGACUUUUCCCAAUCGCUAAGAUUUCAAUAUAUUUUGAUAUAUUCCAAAACCUUCUUUAUUAAUUAUCAAUCCAAGCAAAACUCUAUACAUAUUCCCUGAAAAAUGCCAAGACCCGGAAAAGACUCGUACGAUGAGCAGAAGCCACCGUACUCGUACAUUUGGCUCACCUAUAUGGCUAUUCAGGACUCUGACGAUAAAAUGCUCCCGCUCACGGAGAUCUACAAAUAUAUUAUGGAUCGGUUUCCGUUUUAUAGGAAAAACACGCAGAGGUGGCAAAACUCCCUGCGACACAACUUGUCAUUCAACGACUGCUUCAUCAAGAUCCCAAGAAGAGCCGAUCGUCCUGGGAAGGGCUCCUACUGGGCGGUGCACCCAAAUGCCUCCGGAAUGUUCGAGAACGGCAGCUGCUUACGGCGUCGGAAACGAUUUCGGGCUCGCGGCGGCCAAGACGACGACGACGACGACUUCCACCACCCGGCUCCAUCGAAAAUCUCUCGCAAAAAUCCUCUUCCACUGCUCCCGGAGCCCCCAAUAACCCCACCACUCCUCUCCUCCCUUUUCCCAAAUCUUCCACCAUCACUCCCAAAUUUCUGCCUGUUUCCUCCAGGCAUGGAUCCUACAAAAUCGUUGCUUCUGAACCCUCUUUCCCUACUUUUAAUGCCCCAUUUCUUGAAAAAUUCUUCGAAUUUUGAGAGCUCGACUCCACACUCUGAAACAUCGGAGAUUUCUGGGUCGGGAUCUUCAUCGUCGAAGACUCCAACUCCUGAAGCUGGCUUCAACUCUUCUUUCAGUAUUGAGUCGAUUUUGAGCUCUUGAGCUUUUGAGCUCAUCUCACUACCUUUUAAUUAUUAAAAAAAUAAUAUUUUCAUUAAAUUGUGCCACACAUUUUCCUGUUCAUUUUCUGUCAUCCUGUCUUUCUUUUCUUGUUUCUUAAGAUUCGAUUUUCUAUUUCAAUAAUGUGCAAAUGCGCUCUGUUAACCAACUAACCGACUAACCCAACCUAGCAGCCGACAUUUCACGGGGCAAAACCUGUAAACUGUCGGCUGCUAAGCGGAGGACCUACUAACAACUGAUAUUAUCAAUGAUAACAUUCCACACAUCCCAGCUCCCAAUAUUUCCAUCGGUGUUAACUUUUUUCAGAUUUUUUCUGAAGCUUAAACUUCAGAAUGUCAAUUCUGUUCUAAACCUAGUCCCUAUACAUUUGAAAUUAUUGAUUUUCUAGAUUUUUCUUCUUGUGAUAAGUACUUCUUGUACUCUGUUCCCCAAUAUUUUUUGUAUUGAAUAUAAAAUAUUUAUUAAUUUCCCAGGCUCUUUUUAGUCAUAAACAACCAAAUAACGUUUUUUUUUCUCCAAAUAAUGAAAAAGUUGCCAGUGGUUA